AUGUUUUCUAAUAGUAAGAAUGUCCAAUUGGUACCGCUUCUUGAAGCGGUUAGCGCAUAUCAAACUAAAGGUGUUGGCGUAGAUAUGUCUAUUAAGUCCGUGCUUGGUAUUAUCAGGUUGCUAGGACUUUACAGCAAGGACACCGUUUUGAAGCAACAGUAUGAACAAAUGGCAGAUGUUAUGGUUGAAUGCCGCAUGCUCUGCAACUUUGCCCGCAUGUGGAUUACAAUGCGCCAGUUAUUACAAACUUACCGUCUUCGGUGUCGCAUGGGAGCUAUUUAUAAUUUGUUUUUGUGUCUUUCACAUCUUUUCCGUAUUCCAGAGCAGGGGUUUGGCGAUUUGAGUUACCUACAAAAAGUAGUAUUUCACCAUUGGAGCAGACAGCGGUUAUCAUUCUUCUAUCGAUUCUUUAAGUCCUUUUCUCUGAGCUGCUGCCUCAUCGCAGAGAUCGCUCAUCAUCGAAGUAUUCAACAGCAAAUCUCCGAGACCACAAAUCCGGAGAAGCGCAUCCGUUACAAAAAGGAUCUGAACGUAUGUAACGCCAUCGCUGUGCGUAGCCUCUGUGAUAUGUAUGUGUAUUUCAAGUGGAUCCCGGGUUACACUCCAAUCCCCACUUUAGAAUACAUCUUCGGAUCUAUUUCAGGUAUGAUUGGCGUAUGGCUUGUAUGGAAAGAUAUUCGAUCCACUUGCUUUUGUCCAUCACAGCCGAAGAGAAAUAUACAAGGCUGUACUAAAUCAUCAUCUGAUGCGCUAGAAACGAUGUUAGUUGCUAGUAUUGAUCCAAGCGGCGCUGAAGCCUAG